AUGAAUCCUCUCCACACCACCACUUCCACUUUUUCUCUUUUCUUGCUUCUUUCUUCCUUCUCCACCUUCACCUAUGGCUUCGGAUCCAUGGGCCCUAUCUCCGCCGUAUUCGGUCGAAACGACUUCUUUUGUGCCAUUGAUGCUAGUGGCAAACAGCAAGUCAUUUGUUGGGGGGACAAGAGUACUUCCUCUUCUUCCACAGAUGUGCCGCCCAUGGCGGCUCUUAGUGGAGGUUUUGGAUUUAUGUGUGGCAUUCUAGUGAACACCUCGUAUGCAUAUUGCUGGAACUCCAUGGCUUCCGGUUCUGAUCUUGUUCCUCAGGUAUACCAAUCUACUUCUUAUUCCCAUAUUUCUUCAGGCAAAGAUCACGUUUGUGCCAUAAGAGGAUCUUAUUUUUCCGACACCGAUUCCGGUUCUGUUGAUUGUUGGGAUAUCGUUCAAACAUCAAGCACUGGUUUUGGUUCAAAACAGAGUGGUUUGUAUUAUAAUCAAGAAAUCAGCUCGCUUUCUUUUAAAAAGAUUGUAUCUGGUGAAGGGUUUAGUUGUGGUAGUCUUAAAGAUGGUGGGAUUAAGUGUUGGGGCCCAAAUGCAUCAAAUUUAGGUGUUCCCAGUUUAUCAGACCAUUUUCUUGCUUUAGCAUCUGGCAGAACUUCUCUUUGUGGGAUUUUAGAAUCAUCUGGUGAGAUUAAGUGUUGGGGUGAUUCUUCUUCUUUAGAUUCUUCAUAUGUUGAUCCUCCAUUAGGAACUUCGUUUGUUUCUUUGGCAACUGGUGCUCGAUAUUUUUGUGGGAUCAGAACAGAUGAUCAUGGGAUCGAGUGUUGGGGGAAGGUUAACUCCUCAUCUAUCCCCAAAGAUUCGGGCUUUUUAUCGAUCACUUCGUCCGAUUCGAUCAUGUGUGGGAUACGAGAAGAUGAUCUGGUUCUUGAUUGUUGGUUUGCAAAUGCUUCUUCACCAUCUGAUUUUGAUCCUCCAUUGCAAUUAUGCAGUCCAGGUUUAUGUACUCCUGGAUCAUGUGGUCCUGGGAAGUUUGCUUUCAAUGCUAGUCUUCUUCAUGAGCCGGAUUUGACGAGCUUAUGUGUCCGAAAAGAUCUCAAUAUCUGUUCUCCAUGUGGGUUCAAUUGCUCGAAUGGGUUCUUCCCUUCAAGUUCGUGUACUCAAAAUGCCGAUAGAGUCUGCACCGCCUGCUCCCUUUGUCAAAACAGUUCUUGUUGGGAAGUCUGCAACCUCAAACCACACCAGCAAUCGCAUCAAGAUCAUCGGGUGCGCCAAUUGCAUAGAUUGAUGAUCAUAGUUGGUUCAUCGGUUUUGGGCUUCUUGUUAAUCCUACUCUUUUUGUGUAUCUUGCUUCGAUUCUUUCCGAAAAAAGGUAGACAAAAGAAGCAGUUUGCAUCUUGCAUUGGUAAGCCAGGCGAGAAAGAAACCGAUGCACCCGAUGUUCCACCAUCUGCGGUCUCGGUUGCACCAUGUCCUGGUCUAGCUCAGGUUUUCCGGCUCUCUGAACUCAAAGAUGCGACUAAUGGGUUCAAAGAGUUUAACGAGCUCGGUAGAGGGAGCUAUGGGUUCGUUUACAAAGCUGUGUUAGCCGAUGGUCGUCAAGUGGCGGUCAAACGAGCGAAUGCCGCUACCAUAAUCCAUACGAACAGUAGAGAAUUCGAAAUGGAGCUUGAGAUCCUUUGCAGUGUUAGGCACAGUAAUGUGGUUAACUUGUUAGGAUAUUGUGCAGAAAUGGGAGAAAGAUUGCUGAUUUACGAGCUCAUGCCGCACGGUACUCUACACGAUCAUCUUCAUGGAGGCUUCUCGCCGCUAAAUUGGCCACUCAGGUUAAGGAUCGCGAUGCAGGCUGCAAAAGGUCUCGAGUUUCUCCACACAGAAAUCAACCCACCGAUAGCCCAUCGUGACGUAAAGAGCUCCAAUAUUCUAUUAGAUGCCGAUUGGGGUGCUCGAAUUUCCGAUUUCGGACUCUUAAGAAACGAAGGAGACGUGAUUCUAGACAUGAGAGACGACGUUUACAACUUCGGCAUUGUGUUGCUAGAAAUACUUAGCGGCAGGAAAGCCAACGAUCGGGAUUGCACGCCUUCGAGCAUCAUGGAAUGGGCGGUGCCGCUGAUCAAACAGGGGAAAGCGGCGGCGAUCAUCGAUCGGUGCGUGGGGCUGCCGCGAGUGGUGGUGCCGUUGCUUAAACUUGCGGAGAUCGCGGAGUUUGCGGUGAGGGAGAAUCCAUGUGAGAGACCAUCGAUGGGGGAAGUAGCAACGUUCUUGGAGCAAUUGGUGAAAGAAGGUUUGAUUUUGUGAUUCAAAGUUUGAAUUUUUCCAUUUUUUUUGGGGGCAGAUUGAUGGUGAGUUACUUGGUGCUGCUCUUCUGCAACUGUAAAUUUGUUCUUGAGCUGGUGUUAGUUAUAAACAAUCACUCACCAUCCUUUGAGAUUUUUAAUAAACAUUG